CAUUUCUACCCCUCUAAUAAACAAUAAUUACAGCACCUGCCACUAGGGUUUUAAUUCCCUGCUGGCUCAAAGUCAAGCCGUUUCCUACUUUAUUGUUCAGCUCUAUCUCAAACUCUUCCACCUUCACCUUCGGGUUGUGAAAGGAACGGGAGAGGUAGAGGGAGAAAAUGGUUGAGAACGCAAAGGGAAGAAAAGAAGAAGUGGUUACUCGGGAGUAUACCAUAAACCUCCACAAGAGAUUACAUGGCUGCACCUUUAAGAAGAAGGCUCCAAAAGCUAUCAAAGAGAUCAGACUAUUUGCACAGAAAGCCAUGGGAACUGCUGAUGUUAGAGUGGAUGUGAAACUCAACAAGUACAUCUGGAGCAGGGGUAUCCGAAGUGUCCCAAGGCGGGUCCGAGUCCGAAUUGCUCGGAAGAGGAAUGAUGAUGAGGAUGCUAAAGAAGAGUUGUAUUCUCUCGUUACUGUUGCAGAAAUUCCUUCGGAAGGGUUGAAGGGGCUAGGUACCAAGAUAAUUGAUGAUGAGGAUUAAUUCACAAUGUAAGAGCGAUGUGUUAGUGUUCUUUUUCCCAAAAGUUUUUCAUUUCUGUGAGGCAUUGACCCCAGAUGUUAGGCCCCCUAGCUUUUCUGAACUUGAGCAUCUAUGUUCAGGAUGCAAUGCAAGUUAUUAAAUCAUUCUUGCUGGCGUGUUUUGAAGUACUAGAUAGGGGAUCCUUGUAAGUUGGUUUUCUCGAUCCUCUGCCUGAGCAUCCAAACUCUAAACCAUUUUCUAUGGGAACAUCUGAAGACUCGCACGUAUUGCACAA